AGGUUGAUGGAGGGUGGUAGGUUAUUUGGCAGGGUGUAGACGUGGAAAUAUGUGUCAGCGGGGCUGAUGACCGGACAGAAGUCGCAGGGGCUAUUUAAAACCAACGUGUGAUAUGAAUGCUGUUUGUGUUUACAUGAAGAAAAUCUUGCAGUUGGUUGGAAAUAUUACAACAGCAUUUCAUUUCUGGAAGUGUAAACCUAAAUUAUGAAUUUGUCUGCAUCCUGACUUCGCUUUCUACAACCUAAUAAACCUCAAAACUCCUCAAAAAGCUCACAUACAUGCAGUCUCCAUGAGGCUGUUCCCAUGGUGAUGGGAUCAAGCAUUGAUCUAGUGAGUGCAGAAACUAGGGCACAAGAGUGAGGCUGUUUAACAUCUCUUUUUCACUUUCAACAUGAGCCCGUGAGUGGAGUCCCACACAAUAGUCAAAAAUGCAAACAGUGACGCUCCCACUGUUUGUUUUUGCCCACAUCUUUACCUGGUCACUUAACCUUAGAUAUUCUUCACGCCUCAUGUUGCAGCACUGUGUCUGUUUAUGAGUGUAUGUUUACACACUGAUAAUGUAAGGGCCCACACCUUGCAGAAAACCCACUCCCUGAAGAUACAGAAGAGCUGCCUUACAUCUGCUAAAGUGGGUCAGAUUCAGCUGUCUAACAUAGUUUUAUCUAAAACAAUAUAAAGAGGAUGGGGAAAUCAUAAUCACUGUACUCCUGCUGUGUCAAGGCUUCUCAUGACUUUAUGUGCUUUUAUCGAUCACUUGUUGCUCUGAAUAUACAGGAUGUAGCUUAUAUCAACAAAGAGCCAGGAGAAACAUUCUUUAUAACUUUCACAUGUAUGGACAUGAUAGGCGGUAGCUCAGUAUUUCAGUUGCACGUGAGUUGCUUGUUUUUAGGAAUAUGAAGCUGCAUGUAGUCCAGCCAGUUCAGGCGGUUACUCUGCCUCAGAAAAAUGAAUGCGCUACCAUUAAAGGUCUGCAGGAAUUCAUUAGAGAAGCAUACCAUUACACUUGCAGAAUGUGAAGUUGAAGUUAUGAUGUUACUUAGGUGCCCCAAUUGCUAUGGUUUGCAUCAGGGAAGGGACAAGAAACGAUCAAUACUGUGAAUACUAGGUUAUAACAAGAGUUUUUUUUCUGGGUCAACUAAAUUUAUCUCAUGAAGAGCCAUACUUGUCCUUCUUCUAAAGAGAGAUCCAACAUUAAUCCACCAUGAGAGUGUGCUCUACAACCCUGCCAAAGAAAACCUCCAUAAUAACCUCAACCAAAACCACAGUGUUUAAUGCCAUCUGCAUCAAGCAGGCCAGAAAAGAAAAUGGGUCAUAGUAGUAUCAGCAAUAAUAUAUAAAUGAUAAUAAAAGUAGAGUUGACAGUAACAGUUAUAGCACUUGUAGGUCUAAUUGUUAACACUUGAAGUUAACACAUUAUGCAGUGGUUCAUACUGAUUCAGUUCAUGUGUCUUGACUGUUGUUUGUUCGUCAGACUGCCAUCAAGAUUGCAUUACCUACCCCCAGUAAAAUCUCCGUGCAUCUCUUGCAUCUCAGCCGUUGUAUUUGACAGCCCCUCCCAGAGUAAACGAUACUUUACAUUUAUGACCCUGUCUCUGGGCUCUGUGGGGUUUUAUUGCCAGGUCUCAUGUGCCAAUGUUUGCAGGAAAAUGUGAGGCAUCAUUAGAGGAAGUCUUAUCCAUACAAUGGGUUAUUUACAGAUUUUACUGCCCUGCCUCACGUUUUAUGGUUUGUUGUUACAGUUUUUCUCUCUCAUUGAGGAACCCAGUAUCUUACAAACUGAUGUUGAACUAUCACAAUGAAACACAAAUUUAAGUUUAAAAAGUGAGUGAUUUUGUCUUGUCAUCGCUGAAGAAUUCCCCCUUUUUUGUUUUUUGUUGAAAGAAAAUUCAUAAAACCAGAUAACAGGUACGUAACUUGUAAAAGCAAAGUGAUUGACUGUCAAUGGGCAUUUUAUUACAGGAAAUGAAAGAAGUGUUAUCUGAUGACAAACACACACUUUGAUUGUAUCUUUAUUAUCUAUUUAACCACAUGUCACCUGAUCAGAUGAACCCUUUUUCCAUUGUGGAUGACAAGAAGUGUAAAAGGCAUGGCAUUCGGAGUGUGGGUGGUAAAGUGAAGUACAGUGAUCAUUAAUCCUGUCCUUGACCAGGGUGGUUGUGUGCCAACAACACUCAUCACUAUCAACACACAUUUAUUUACAAAAGAGGACUGUAGUCGAAAUACAUGAGCAUAUGGGCCUAUCCCCUUUCUCUGCCAAGCUCUCAGACUAACCCAUGUUUCCCUUCCUCACGUGUCUGGGAAUGAGGGGGCAGGGCUCAAGGAAACACUGGAAAAGGGAAUGUCAAGAUGGAGGGAUAUUCCUUUGUGAUUUCCCCCCACACACAGGAAUUUCGAGACACUCCUUGUCUCACAGCUCAGAUUGUCUCAGCCACCCUGAGUGUACAUUUCUUAAUGAGGUUAAUUUCUUUGGUUUCAUUUUGUCCUCGUAGCUCAAAUUUUCAAUAAGAUUCAUGAUACAGCACAUUUUGCUCUUGAGGCUGUGUUUUGGCUAAUAUGCUGCUAUUAUCAUAUCCCCAUUUUGGCCAAUAUCAAUAGACACAAUCACAAUUUUCAUUUAAAAAUCAUCAAGUCUAUGACAGUCUAUUUCCACCAAGGGCUCUGGUUCAGUAUGGUUUGGUAUUUGUGUUUCCAUUGUCAAAAAUCAGGCCAGGUACUCAAACAACCAACCCCUACCAUCGUGCUCUUUUGGCGCUCUUCUGUUUGGGUAUCAAGAAUUUUAGCAACCCUGUAAAGGGGGAGUGAUUGGAAAUGGCAAAAUAUUUGCUGUAAUGAUUAAUGAUUAACACAACUUACCUGUAACAAACAUGAUAUAUUACCUUUUUUCUGGGUUGAGUUCACCUAUGACGAGCAGUGCAAGUUAGUUCUUACAUUAAAAAAUUGCUCUUUACACAACUUCAGAAUAAAAGCUUAGUAUGAAAACAAGAGGGGGAAACUGUUACCUUGAAAAGCAUUGCAAUUGCAUCAGUGGAAAUUUUCAUGUUUGCGAUACGGAUGAUCAACUUUUUAGCCUUUUAUUGCCCAGUAUCAUUAUCAUGCUGAUGACACCUUUCAUCCCUAUAAUGUCAACCAAGGUGUUGAGGUAACAAUGCUCAUCUUCAGCUGUCCAAUUAAAGUCAUUUGUGGUGCCAAAGGAAGGAAACCACUGGAUGUUUGAAGAAAAGAGUUCCCUAAUAGGUGAUUUAACUUAUGACUGUCUUCAUUUCAUUCUUUACAAUCUAAUAUCCCUGCUGUUGCUUGCCACUAAUCAAUGUCUGACAAAAUCUUGGGGAGACAAUAUAACGAGUUUUAAGAUUUGUAGGAAGUGUUUCAAUCAGCCUUAUUUGCUUUUUACUCAUGUGUAGAUGGUAAGGAUUAAACUUAACUGACUGGUUGAGCAAAUAUUGAUGGAAAUAUCUUCUACAUCUUCACUGUGAAAAAGCACCUCACAUUUACACUCCUCUAUUUCUGCCGAGCCGUUGUUCAAGAGACCCUGAAUAGAGUCAGAUUGAGUCCAUUCAGAUUGUCCAUUGGGCAAACUGGACCAAACUUUAGUCAGAUGAGCUAUGAACCGGAGGUAUGGCUUAGCUCAAGGGGGCAAAAGGGCAGAGCGAAAUGGGUCACAUUCUCUAGGUCAUACACAUAGACUGUACAUACUAUGGACAACUUCCGUCAUUCCACCGUUGUAGACACACUUGUUUUGUCUCUAACGAUGUGUUCAUCUAAGUACAGAGACUUACAAUAUUAAUACACUGAGCCUCUAAAUACGGCAAUGUCUCUCUCUGCUCCUCAUUGACGCUAAUACAAAGAUUUUCUGAGACAAGCAGAAGGGACUCCUGUUUAUAACUUGCAAGUCUGUCCAAACUGUUUACUGUAGAAAUGCUAAGAUCAUAUCAAAGCGUUAAGGAAGUCCUCACGAUGAUCACGGUCUGAAUUUGGUCAGAAUAAGCCCAAGUGUGAGACGAGCACUGAGGCAAAAAAAUCGCUCUUUUUCUCGACAUUUUGACUGUCUCAGCCUGCUGUGUGUCUAUCGUCCUGUUCAACCACCUCAGGUCAGGCCCACAGCUGAGAUCAAUACACUAAUCAGGGACUGCUCUGAUAUCUGCAUCAUUGAAUCAUUUCUAAAGCAAUUGAAUCCCGAAAAACCCUGACUCUUGAUCAGGAUCCUCAUAAGGGGGCAAAUGCACCGAGGCACUGGCCUUCAGGUUUAUAGCGAUGCCAUAAACUUGACAGCAAGCCCCUUUACAAUAUACUGUUUCUAGUUUCUAGUUUCUAUAUACUAGUUUCUAUUUGCUACUUGUCCUACAGCUUGAAGAGUAUUGGACAGAUUAUACAUUACAAGCCCCCCCAAAAAAGCAAAGAUUAGAGUUUUUCAAACAUUUACUGCUCCGGCACUGUUAUUUAUACUUUUUAUUUUUUAUUGUUUUGGAUAAAUAAAUACUUGAGAAAGGAAUCUGUGUUGUAGGUGUGCUCCAUGUAUAUAAUCUCACAAUGCUACCAUACUAUAAAGUACUUGAAAUCUCUGAAGAAUCUCAUUAUAAUGUACACACUUUGGCAGUAGCCUUCAAUUCUCAGACGGAAUUUUCUAGUAUAACUUUUUUAGUGCUACUUUACAUAUGGGUAUAGAUCAUGGAGCAUCAGUGAGCAGUAUAGCCACAGGAAAGAAAAGUAACAUGGGAUUUACCAAUCUAACUUUCUGUCCAGCUUUAUUUUAUUUCAUAUUAUUCUGUUGACCUGAUUUUUUGUAUGAGGCCAGAUUUCUAGAAACUUCAUCUGCAUCUCUGCUGGGCAGAUUUUACAAUGAUGACUGUGUUUGUAGAAGGCCGUGCACAAUACAACAUGCACACUGAAGGCUGUUGGCCAUUGCAUCAUUGAGUUUAGGGCCCUGUGGCACAGCCUGAACCUAUUGUCCGGGGGCAUGGACCCAUGAUAUGAGCGGGGGAAGCAAUCCUAAGCUGACAUAACACUGACGCAUCAGUGAGGCCAGGGUGACUAGGCUAGAAAGACUCUCACACAUGAACACACACUUUCUUGCAUGCUUUAUACCAUUUAUAAUGAAUUUCAAGAGGAUUUGAAGUUGAUAACAGUGUUUAAGACUUUAAUGUUGGUGAUAGAUGUUGGAUGGUAGAUGGGCUGUGAGAAUGUCCUUAUUUAUGGUUCUUUAAUGACUACCCACUACUGGACAUUAUUCACCCACUGAGGCCCACUCAACACCUUUACAAUUACAUGACUAAACCUUCUACUUAGAAACAUGAAACAGCCAUGGAUGUCUUUCCCAAAAGAUGGACAGCAUGAUAAAGCCAGUAUUGUUCUGUCGAUUCCUGAAUCAAAUAUUUAAAUAACCCACUUAUAAUCAAACGUACAGGUUUCUCUCCUCCUUUUGUACUUCUUUACAUUUCAAACUGGGACAUGAGUGAGUCCCCACCUCUGAGGCCAAACCCUGUUCAAGUGCUGAUCAUUUAAUCCCCUCCAUGCCUGUGUCUGGGAUCCUUUCUUCCCCAUUUGUAAUCCCAGUGCAGAACUGGAACAUCAGAGAUUAGUGCGUGAUGAGGCUAUAACCGUCCACUGACCUGAGCUGUCUACACUGCUCCAGCUUUGUCUGGCCUGGACAGUCAGACUCAUUUGGUCUUUAAUCAGUCAUCAAGUUCACAGUUUGGUUUGUAUAUCAAAAGCUUGUUGGGUUGGGCAAACACCCUUUACUUUAAGCAAAGGUGACUUGUAGUUUGGUGUUGGGUUUUUGUAGAUUUUAACUGCAGUCUACAUUGAACAUCUCCCCUGUUUUGUCAAAUAGGUUUUAAAAACUGUAUGGAUAGUGUGGCUGAUACUUGAGCUUGUAUUGUCUCGCAAUUUCCUUCCUUAAAGCAAAACUGAAGUGAAAUAUGUCAGGAAUAUUUCCAUUGGGUUCUAUUUAGAGCUGCUGGUGUGUAUGUGUUGUGGUGCCAAAGGAUGUUGUUCUUUGAUAUCCAGAUAGUGCACCAAUGAGGAAAUGUUUCAGCAGUGUUCUGCUUUGUUUAUGUUGAGUGUUGGCCUGCAUUUGUUCAAUCCCUUGUACCAUAUAGGGUUGUGCCAACUAUUGGCUGAUAUUUCAUGAUGGAUCAGAGCAUAGUAAUAACUUUCCUGAGUUGUUAAACACUGCCUUACUGUGGAUCAAAGCACAGUGUAGUCUCAUGGCAAACCAAACCCAACAACCAAGUCUUUUGACUGUCUAAUCCAGAAAAUAACAAACUACUUGCCCCACAAACCUUAAACUGCAAAUGGCACAGUUUGUUUUAUUAUUAUGGAUUGUUAUUUUUUUAUAUUCUUGUUCUUGAUCAUGAUUCCAGAGCCUUAAGGACUUAUUUUUAAUCUUAAAAAGUCGUCUCAAAUGUGAAGUCCAUGGGUGGAAUCAAUGAUGGGCGGUACAGCCUGUAAGUUUACCAGGAAGUAUUUGGUAUUUUUUCUCGAUGGACAGUUCUCACUCUCAGUAUAACAGCAUAAAAGCACUGUAGGUAAAUUUUCACAAGUACUCACAGACAGCAUACGUGAUGCUGCCCACUUUAUGCUUUGUUUUCCUCUUAAAGCAUCCCUGUUACUUUUCUGAAUUAUGCCUCAUAGUGCAUUCACUAUAACAAGUGACACACUUGCAGAAAAUGUUCAGUGUUACGUUCAGCUUAGCCUUGGAUUUCUGUAUUAGAGCUCAUUUAAACACAGUUUUGUGACUGGGCACAUAGAAAUGUGGUUAACUUACAUUUUAAAUCCUCACAUGGACCACUAUUUCAGCUGCACACUAAAACAUCUCCAUUUCUACCACGUAUGUCAACAAAGCAUCUGACUACAUUGUUUUCAGUGCUGACAGACAGGGACGUUUUUGUGCUACUUUCUGUCUUUGCAAAAUUUACAUCACUAAUGCAAAUGUUUAAAAUGCAGGCUAUGCAAAAAAAAAAAAUAAACUGACUAAAUAUUGUUAAGCCAUUGAACCAUUUUCCUCAUAGCACAUCUUAGAAGCACACCUUAAGCUAAAAAGUAUUGAGUUUGGAAGAAACUGUAAACAAUACAAUAAUGAUCAUAUAAUAAUAACUUAAAAACAGAAGUUUACAAAGUGCUUUGACAAACAGGCGUAAGGCACAGAACAUCCGUCGAAAUUUCUAACCUAUUUUGCAUGUCGCACUGACGUCGAGAUGUGAUCUUUGACAGACCAACCCAAUACUGACUUGAUCUGCACAUCCCUUCGACAUCCGAUGUUUGGUAGGUUUAGUUUUGAGUCUCAACUUUGGAACAACCAGGAGGCCUUCACUAGAGGAUCUGAAGCUGUGAGUUAAAAGCUCUGAAAUGUAGCUCGAAGCAAAAGCCUUGAGUGCUUUAAAAGUCAUCAAUAAAAUCUUAAAUGUUUCUUAAGAAAGGACAAUGUUUCGUGCUGGAAUGUUUAUUUCACUUACUACUGAAAACCCCCAAAAAUCAAAAUGUCCUUAAAAUGUAACAAAUAUAUUUAUUUAUCUUGUUUGAUACAUUAGAUGUUUUUGGAAACUGACAAACUACAAGAGGACAUUUUUAUUAUUUAUCGGACUGUAUUCAGGUUUUUUUUAGUAAUUUGUUGGUCAUAUUGAUUUGAUAGAAGUAUAUAAAAGUAUGUAUCAAAUAUGAUACAAAAGGCAUUAAAGGGUUUAAUUCUCUUGUCUCUUUUGCCUCCGAUGUGCAAAACAAAUUGGCAUAGUUGAGAUGAAAACAUGAAAUUCAUCUCCUCAACAACAGUAGCUAUGAAGGUGGUAAGUACAUUGGCAGGUUACUGUCAGUGUUGUGUUUUUCUGUCUCGAAAUUUUCCUGUACUCCCCUCCCCCCCUGUUUUCUCUCCUUCCUCUUUGUUUGCCUGAUCUGCUUGAUCCUCUCAUAGGUGCCUCGUCUCCUCCCAGCGACAGCAGCAGCUCUCUGAUUGGCUGGUUGUUGAACGGGGAGGGGCUUAAACGCUGCUUUGCUGGUUUAGUGGCUGGUUAGACAGAUCUGCCUUCAGUUUCGGUAACAGCCACGGGACGAGGACAUACAGUCGUGGUUUGGAAGCACUUUAAACAGCUUUAGGGCUGUGAAAGUAGUCUUGUAUCAAACGUACAAACACGGAGAACAUCCAGCCAAACGUAGGAGGUGUUAUAAUUCGUCCUCCCGUAAGGAAUAGAAAAGGAUUAAGGAAUCUUUUCGCUGCCUCUGUCCUUCCUGUUCAGCCCUUUGUUUUUUCAGUGCUGCGCUCGAGCAGGUGACCAGCAGCGCCCCCGUGCGAGUCGACGGAGAAGAAGAGCCUGAGGAUAGGGAGCCAAACGAGCGGACGAGCUUGUAGCCUCCCGAGCGCCGUGGGCCCCCCUAGGUCACUUAUCCGAUGCGGAGUGAGGAUGAGUCCCGCUCUGGAAGCCCUCAUGCAGGCGGACGGGACUCCAUAUCCCGGGAAAGGGGUGAUGCUUGAGCCCUUCGUGCACCAGGUAGGAGGCCACUCCUGUGUGCUACGAUUCGGGGAACAAACAAUCUGCAAGCCCCUCAUCCCCCGAGAGCACCAGUUUUACAAAAGCCUCCCCCCUGAGAUGCGGAAAUUCACCCCGCAGUUUAAAGGUAAGACCUAUAUUUAUUAUCCCUGUACGGUUUUCAAGCUGUCAGUUGCACUGCGCAUGUGUGGAGUUGUUUUGGUACUAAGUUUUAAUCCUUUCUUUUUUCUUGUCGGUGUAUUAUCAGCCUGUAUUAUAUAAUCCACUCUUUGCAUUUAUCAUUGCACUUCAAAAAAAUACCUCUGCUCACUUGAUAAGAUUAUUAUGUUGCUUUGAUUAGAGUGUUGUGUAAUGGAUUGUUACAACGGCUCAAGGAACAUGGUGUACAUAACAAUAAAAAAAUGUACAUGCUGUGUCCUGUGGCCUCAUAACGUGACUUGUGGACGGUGUCACCAUGUCCAAUUUUCUAGUAGAGAUCUUCAUGUUAAAGGAGGGGGUGGGGGGGCUUCAAGCAGCAUCCAAGCUGCCGGUCUGACUACCUGCCAGGAGGAUGAGUAGCCAGAGGCCUUAAAAGUGUCUAGCCCGUCUUUCAAGAUGGCUAUAGUUUCAGUGCAAGUGUCUCAUGAAGGAUCAAAAAUAAAUGGAAAGAGAUCCCGGGGUCUUAUUUCAGGUCCAUCACCAAAAACAUGGACAUAAAUACACGUUUUCUCCUACAGACAUGCUCUCAUUUAAUCAUAUCAUGUUCCCUGGUUGUGCUCAGGCCCUGGGUGAUUUUUACCCACAGACAAUGACACCUAGUACUGGCUGGAGACGUCUUAAUGAGGCUGUAUGACGGAGGCAAGACGCACGGGUGGUAUCUGAUCCCUAGUAAUGCAGCGUAGGACUAUAUAAAGACCCAGUAUGAGGAGAUGGAUUCAGAUUGAAGAUAGUAAAAGACUCCCGGGUACUUCGGAUGCUCCUCUACAAUCUUCUUUGGCUUAUAUUUUACACUGAUCAUUUAUCUAGAGAUCUAAGUAAAACCAACAAUUCCUGGGCUUCAAGACUGCCUUUAGAGACACUCAUCAGUUCCCACACACUCACUGAGGUGGUUGAUGACAGUGCGGUGCUUCCAUAAGAAUAGUCUGAGGAGGCGGAGCUUCCUCCAGAGUGGUGAUGUCAGUACACAUGACAUCAGCCAGGCCUGGAGCUGCAGAAGAAGCUGUGAUGCUGGGUCCUGAGGCCCACCGCGUAGUCAACAAAAGCACCUGACUUUGGUUUUAGAAAUUGUCUCUGUAUAUCAAGGUUGUUCAUGGGCUGAAUUUCUAUGUGUCCUCUUCGGUUGAAUCUUCUGCUUUACUUCUUUUACAACAGCUGUUCUUGUUGGAAUCAUGUUUCAACUUGUACGCUUUUCCCCUAUCUUGACCUUACCCUUCAUUGAUUAGUUACAACCACAUCCCCUCCUUCCUGUCAGUGGUUUUUCUUUAUCAGCUGCUGCAGCAGAGAUGUUUACUUUCAAUGCAACACCUCCCCCACACUCCACAGAGCUGUGCAUUGCACGGGCCCUUCUAGGGUCUGCGGGAAAGUGACUCAUGUGGGGGUCUGCUGGGGGAGCUUUUUGUGGACUGCAUCAUAAAUUGAAAGCAUCUAGUUUUGUUUUAAACCUGUGAAACAGAUUGAAAUGAAAUACAACAUCACAUUUACGAGCUGGUUGGGUUUCAUUUUCACCAAAGGACUGUGCCAUGAACUCUGUGGGGUCAUAUUAAUAAAUGUGACUGAAAUCUCUGACCAAUUAUUUACAAACCUUCUGAAAAAGAUGGAGUUGUUAUUGUGGGAUAUUGUGUUUCUGUAUGUGGAAAGAAAACUGCUUCAUUUUCAUGUCCCCAUGGGCUGCUUAAAUUGUGUAUUGUGAGUUCAUUUAUGUAUGUUCAUGAAGAUGUUACUCAAUUUCUCAAUAAAUGCCAUGCUCAUUGAGACAUAUUUGAGCCUCGUGUAGUAUUUUGUGUCUCAUGUUUCUUGUAUAGUCAUCUAAGAGCAGUUUAUCUACAUACAAAUGUGAUGAGUCCUUUUUUGGCAAAUGUCUCACUUUUUCUUCUGUCUUUUUUUUGUCAUAUUUAUAACCUCAUCUGUCUUUUAUGUGUGUGUGUGUGUGUUUGGAGAAACAGCUGCAUCAAUGUCAGAGUACUUGCUCUAAAUAAUGUGCUUGUUAUUAUUGACAUUACCAAUAACAGUUCCUCACUGGUGCUUUGUUUUUGUUUUUUAUUCUUGUUCAGGUGUGGUGUCGGUCAGUUUUGAAGAAGAUGAGGAAGGGAACCUGUGCCUCAUUGCCUACCCCCUUCACAGCGAGCUGGGGGACCUGGAAAACAAAGACCCCUCAGCAGACUGUGAGCCGAAGACCAAGAUGCUGAAGUGGAGCAAGAAGAAGCAGUCCUCGCUGCUUCUGGAGAAUGACAACUACAGCAAAGAGAGAGGGCGGCACAGCCGGAAAGAAGACAAGAUCAUAAGGCAAGAAAGAUUGCUAUAAAUCUGCGGUUUAACGAAACAUGCAAUUAUGAAAAAAUAAGCUCUGUAAUACUCAAGCUAACUGUAUUUUUCUGUGCCUCUUUUACAGUUAUAACCGUGAAGACACACAGCAGCACCAACAAGCGGAGGUGCUCUACUUUAGCAUGGAGAAAGGUAAUGUGGUGCCACAGAUCAAACACAACCCCUGGAGCCUCAAAUGUCACCAGCAGCAGCUGCAGAGGAUGAAGGAGAAUGCCAAACACCGAAAUCAAUACAGUAUCCUUUUAUGAAGAAAAAGCUCUCCUCGUUUCUGAUGAGAACAAAAGAUGAGACUUGAAUAGUAAAAAAAGUAGCACAUAUAGACUGUUUUUGUAUGAUCCUUAACCAUACUUCACAGAAUUUAUACUUUUGGAGAACCUGACAUGGCGCUACGCAGUACCAUGUGUCCUUGACUUGAAAAUGGGAACUCGCCAACACGGGGAUGACGCGUCAGAGGAGAAGAAAGCCCAUCAAAUACGCAAGUGUCAGCAAAGCACGUCUGCCUCUAUUGGAGUGCGGCUAUGCGGCAUGCAGGUACGGCCACACCUGAACACAUCUCUGCUGUGAUGAUGUUUUAAUCCAUCUGAAGCUGUAGUGCUGAUGUUUCUGUAUGUCCUGCAGGUGUACCAGUCAGAUUCAGGCCAGCUGAUGUUUAUGAAUAAAUACCACGGCCGUAAGCUGACCCUUGCUGGAUUUAAGGAGGCUCUAUACCAGUUCUUCCAUGAUGGACGACGCCUCCGUCAAGAGCUGCUGUCUCCAGUGCUUCGCAGACUCCGAGAAAUGCAAGCUGCCCUUGAGGCCUGCGAGUCCUACCGUUUCUACUCCAGCUCCCUGCUCAUCAUUUAUGAUGGGGAUCCUCCAAGAACCCCCACCAGACCCAGACACCGAGGUGGGGAAGAAGGUGAUGAAGAUGAGCCAUCUGAUGAGGAAGAAGAAGAGGAAGGGGCUUUCAGUUUCCCUCGUUCCUCCUCAGCAGGGGGCAGUGGCGGUGUGGCAGCUGGGAGUAGCAGUGGCCGCUCGUCCCACGGCACAGGAGAGGCCAGUAGUCCUGCGGUUGACGUGCGGAUGAUUGACUUUGCUCACACAACCUGCCGGCACUAUGGGGAGGACAGCGUUGUGCACGAGGGACAGGACAGCGGCUUUAUCUUCGGCCUCCAGAACCUUAUCACAAUUAUCUCUCAGCUGGAGGAUCACAGCACUGACUGAGGCCCCAACAGAGUCAACCUGGUCUAAAUUUGAAGCAUGGGAAAAGCUCUGUGUAGCUGAAACCUGCUAACCCAAGGUGCAAUGCCUACAUGGGGAUCUGAGCCUCCCCUGCGUGGAGGGAACCUCAGACACCUCAGGGUUUGGUCUGAGGGGGAGAGUCUUAUGUGGUGGUUACUGCUCUCUCCCUCACUUGCCAGAGAACAGGGCUGCCUGGGUCCUCAUUUGCACUUUCCUCUUUCUAAGACUGCUCCUUUUCUUGGUUAUACGUGGUAGGAGAAAUCUUAAGGGAGGUCGCAGUCUUUUUACAAACAUAGGGACUCCUGUGGCAUCCCAGGACUUACCCUGCCCCGCCCCACCCCAGCCCACUUUGGUACAGAUGAGUUUUUUCAUUGUUAAGUUCUCUCUGGGAGAGAAAGAGUGAGACAGAGGUAAUUGAAGCUCAAGUGUAGUUCUAGGAGCCUGAUGUGGUGCUUUACCUGUGAUAUGAGUUUUGUUUUUACUUUCUUGUUUGGAUGAAGUUUGGACUUAUUGUUCCCCUGACAGCACAGCACAUUUUUGUGGGGAAGGUGACUGUACAAGCUGACCUUGGCUGGCUGGGUCUGCUGCCCUGUAGCAUUGGCAACUUAAGCUUUGAGAAAGACAUUUUGUGUUCAUACUGGUGUCUCUAAAGACCUUGUAACAAACGUUUUUUUUUUGUCUUGACUGGGCGCGCUGAUAUUUUGUAGAAGAACAUGAUUAUUUAGGUUUAGAAGAAGAAGGGAUUUUCCUCUUUUUCAACAAUCGCUCUCUCUUGUACCUUUUUGCCUAUAAACUGAAGACAUUUUUUCAAAGGGGAUACGUAUCCUCGAUUUGUCACUGUCUCUGUUUUUGUCGGACUUUUCUCCUCUUCAUUCCUGAAACUUUGACUAAACAAAGAGAAUAUAUUGAUUUAAAACACAAGCUACAAAGACUAUAAAGAGACUUAUUUAUUUGAAAGGAUUGUUUAAAAAUAAUAAAAAAAAGGAAAAUAGCUACAUUCCAUAUUACCACUCUAAAUGUUCUGAUACUGACUUUGAUUUAUUUUAUUAUUGCAGGAGCUGAUACCUCUCUUGUGUACCUGUGUGUUAACAGUGUCUUGGAAAAUAAAGGCAUUCAUUUGUGGUAAAACCUGAA